AUGCCCGUCCCCACCAUCACCAACCAGACAGCCGUCGUCGUCCGCAUCAACUCCUCCGCCAUCUGCGGCUCCGACCUACACAUGUACCACGGCUUCGGCGGCACGCCCAAUGUGCCCUACGGGUUCGGCCACGAGGCUGUCGGCUACGUCUCCAGCGUCGGGGACGCCAUCUCGAGUCUUGAGGUUGGCGACUAUGUCAUCAUCCCAGACAACGCCGACGACGGGCACUGCGGUCCUUCGCAUCCCCUGUCCUUCGGCGUUGGGAGCGCAUCCUAUGGCGGACUGCAAGCCGAGUACGCCAGAGUGCCCCACGCCGACACAUCCCCCAUCCCGAUCCCACUAACCUCAACAAACACCACAUCCGAACUUGACUACCUCAUGAUCACAGAUGUCUUCACAACAGGCUGGCACGUCAUCUCCUACUCAGGCUUCCAACCCGGCGACACAGUCGCCAUCUUCGGCGCCGGGCCCGUCGGCCUCCUAGCCGCCUACUCCGCCAAACUCCGCGGCGCCUCCAGGAUGUACGUCGUCGACCGCAUCGCCAGCUGCCUCGAGCAAGCCGAAUCGUUCGGAGCCAUCCCCAUCGACUUCACCCAACAAGACCCCGUGGAAGCGAUACUCAGCCGUGAGCCCGCUGGCGUGACGCGCAGCCUCGACUGCGUGGGCCUCGAAUCCGUCAACGCUACGGGAGAUCCGCACAACGGCAUCGUGCUGGAGAACAUGGUUGCCGUGACUUCCGUUUGCGGAGGCAUGGGUAUCGGUGGUGUGUACAACGGCGGCGGAAACAGCACCGAGGGAGCGCCCAAUGCCGGGACCCUACCCGCGGAGAUUCCUAUCCCCAUGGCAUCGCUAUGGAGGAAGGGCUUGUCCGUCGGAAGGGGUAUCGUCUUGCCUUUGCUGAGGGCACCUCCUUUGCUGGACUUGAUCGCAUCUGGUGUCGCUAAGCCGAGCUUUGUGGUGACGGCUGAAAUCGGCAUUGAGGAUGCGCCGGAGAAUUACCGUCGUUACAGUGACCACUUGGAGAACAAAGUCGUCAUCCGGUUCCCUUAG